GGACUAAAACGAGCCACUGAGAGCUGUUAAAGGCACAGUAACCUCCUUCAUGUUAGAAGCCCCUAAGCCAUCAGAACGGAGGCUGUCGCUUUAACAAACCAGAGAGAGGAGAACAGUGAGGAUGUUUUGUAGUUUCUGAUUCCUGAGUUUACUUUCAGUUCUUGCUGAUUCACACGGUGCGAUCACUCUUUAUUACAUUUGCUUGAACUGACUGUAUCAUGAACAGUGUUUUCAUAGAUAAUGGAGCCAAUGAACUGCAGACUGUAGACAUUCCUCUACAGCCUGUUGUCCCACUGUCUCCCUCUAUUUGUGUUCCUCCCACACUGAGAGAUGGUGAGAGUUACCAUGUCUUCAUCAGCUACAGCAGCACUGACUACCAGUGGACCCACUCCCUCAUCAACCAGCUGGAGUCCUGCGGCCUGCAGGUCUGCUGCCACGAGCGUGACUUCACUCCCGGCCGCACCGUGUUGGAGAACAUGUCCGACUGCAUCCAGGAGAGCCAGAAGGUCCUGCUGGUUCUCAGCCCAGAGUUUGUGAGGAGCCGCUGGUGUCUCCUGGAGGCCAACAUGUCUUUGUUCAGAGACUGCCUGGAGAGGAAACCCAUCGUCCCAGUGCUGCUGGAGCCAGGAGUCUCUGUUCCUCUCCACCUCUGCCACCUCACCUACCUGGAGGCCAACGACCCUGACUUUAAGAAUAAGCUGCUCAAGGUGCUCUGCACCGCCAACCAGGAGCUGCAAGGGUCCACUGUGGUGCCCUACCAGCCUCCCUCUAUCUACAACGGGAAGGCCCUGCAGCCUCUGAUUGCUGUCAAUAAGGAGGGACUCAAAAAAUGGGAAUGUGGUCAGUUCAGUGACAUGGACGUGCCAGACCAACUGCGCCUGAUCAUUGAGGACAAAAAGAAGUACAGACAGGCUGUGAGGAUGAUCAACCGUGUCUCUCAAAAUAUAAUAAUCUCCCUCUGUCGUAGAGUGCCCAGCUCCACUGGCCACCUGGAGGGAGGGGUGUGUUUCUGCCAGUAUGUCUCCCAGCAGCUGAGCACAGAUCAAUGGGCAUAA